CGUCAACAAUCGCUAGCUUUCGUUUCGCAUCAGCUGGAGCUGUCGGCGGCUGAUAGAAGUUGUCCCCGGGCCGUUUGUCACCUCGUCCCCCGGUAAGCUCUCUUUUCCGGGACGCAUUAACGUUAUUUUUGUCGUAGGUGGUUGAUCUGCAGCCGAAAACAAACAAACGAUUAUCAUUAAGAAGGCAGAGCUUAUUUAAGUUUCUCCCUUAUUCCACUAAAACAGUGACUUGUCAUUUUCUUGAGCCUAACGUCACUCUGUUGAAACUAGCUUGCAGAGUAACGUUAAAGACGUUAUAUAUCCUAUAUCCUGGGUGUCUUUUGAAUUUUACAACUGUUUCCAAAGUUUUCCUGCGUCUCAGGGGUGUGUGAAACGUCGUUAACGGAGCUGUCAAACGGCUCUUCACAGCCGCAACGGUGCCAAAAAACCAGCAGUAUGGCCACAGCGCAGUCUGUGUUGCUGCUAGCAGUGCAUGUUCUGCUGAUCUCGGAGUUCAUCCUGGCCAAGAGAGACUACUACGACAUACUGGGGUUGCCCAAAGAUGCCACUGAGCGCCAGAUCAAGAAAGCCUUCCACAAGCUGGCCCUGAAGUACCACCCCGACCGAAACAAGGGCCCAGACGCCGAGGCCAAGUUCAGAGAAAUAGCCGAAGCAUAUGAAACCUUAUCAGACGAUAAGAAGAGGCAGGAUUAUGACCAGUUUGGCCAUGGCCCAUCACCAGGGGAGGGCCAAAGAGGAGGAGGAGGUGGUAAUUACAACUUCAACCAGCAUUACCAGUCCUUCAACUUCAACUUUGAUGACAUUUUCAAAGACUAUGACCCCUUUGGUCAGCAACAACGACACCAACACCACUUUCACUCCCACUCUCAAAAUCAAGCCCAUCAAAAGAGACACUUUGACAGCCACUUCCAGGCCCACCGCGAGGCGAUGAACAGGCAGAGGAGACAGUUUCAGCAGGGGGGCUUCGGUGGAGGACUCUUUGAUGAUGUGUUUGAGGACUUGGAGAAGAUGUUCUCCUUUAACACACACGGUUCCAGGACUGACAACAGAUUCCAGAGCACGGGAAAGCAGCACUGCAGGACAGUGACCCAGCGUAGGGGGAACAUGGUGACCACCUUCACUGACUGCUCCUGAGGCAAGCAGAAAACAGUGCUCUACAGAGGGCAGCCACUUGGGACACUGCUAGGUUUUUACUUGUGGUUUUGGAAUUGAUUGCUAAUUUAUCAUUUGGUGGAAUAGAGAAUGGUUUGUGUGGCUUUUGUAAUUUCCUGUAUGUAAUUUCCUCUCGGAACAAAUAUCCAAGCUGGCCUGAUAACGGCUUCUUCCAAGCAAUAACUCACUAAAAUUAUUGCUUACAGCACAGUAGUAAGUCUUAGGCUCAGAUACCUCCCCAUUAUUUAGCUUUCCAGGUUCAUUAUGUUUACUAGUGUUUGUUUUUUUAUAAUGGUACAAUCUACUAGACUCAGGUAUGGCCUAAAGUAAAAGAUAACUUAAAUGACAAAGAUUAUUUUUUUUGUUUAGGUGAGCAGUGAGGCAAUAACAUUUAUCAAACAUCAGUUGUACCAUUUUGAAACAUUGAUUCUGCAGCUAAUUGGGCCAUACUAUUAUAGUGCUUUUCUACAAAAGGAACCUUUUGUUAACAUAAAACCAGGCUAUGCUGAACUUAGCAUUAUGUACUGCUAGAUUUAUACAUUUUGCUUCCUGGUUUUUUUUUUUCAUUAGCUCAAAGAUUCAAUUAAGUGGCUAACGUAAUACAAAUUUGGAUUUAUAGCACUUGCAACAAAUUUAGCUGUGAAAAUGGAGCUUCACAUCCCGAGAUGUGUUCAAGUUGGCGAUUAUCAACUGUUACCUCGUUUUAGUUUCUUUCUACAGAGUUGCAUCUACCUUCACUCAGUCAGGGUUGGAAAAAAUAACAUCAGUCCCAUGACAAAUACUGGCAAACUUAGCCAGGGGCAGUGUUCGUGUGCCCUCUCAGCUGUUUUGUAACCAGUUGUUAUGAUGGUUACUAAACCUGGGAGUCAUCUGCCAGUGAAGCUGAAUGGUCUGAAAAGUUAAGUUUCCUGAACUGAUCAUAAUGUGCAAUAUUUAGCACCUUUGCUCUUCAUGUUGCCUAUCUUUCAUAGACAGUGCUAUGUUAAGGUCAUUGUCUUGUGUCCGCACUUUUGUGUGUGUGUGUGUGUGUGUGUGUGUGUGUGUGCGUGCGUGCGUGCGUGCGUGUGUGUGCGCGCAUUGAGAUUGCCCUGAAUGUUAAUUGGUUGCGUAAUGUUAGAAGAAUGAAUAAAAAGCUACA